UGUCACGGCUCAAGUCAAAGUGCGCGCUCACACACACGCGCCUGAUCUGAACUCCUACUGGAGGGAUUACAGGGACAUUAAACAUGCCUUAAACACGACAACCUCAGUGAGCUCCUUCCGGUUCCUGCAUGUGGUUUGAGGCUCCAGGGUGAAGAAGAGGAGGUACUUUAUAGAUUGAGAAAGAUCCUGGGUGAAGUUACUGUCAGUGAAAAUGUUCGUGUACAGAGUGCUGAGUUUGUGUUUAGUGCUGAUUUUAGUGGAUUUGAUCUCACAACCUGCUGCAGCUUGGAACCUGUGCUUUAGCUGACAGGAGAGGAACCUGAUGUGCUCUUCUGCUGUUCUAUCUCAUCUACCUCAAGCUCACUUUUGUGAAGGUCGCUGUGGGGAAAAGUUGGCGUCCUGUUCCUGCCACCCGACAUGCAAGAACUUAAUGAACUGCUGCCCAGAUGUGAAAGAGUACUGCCUGGAGAUCUCACCUCACUCCGGUUCUCUGCUCGGAGGAACCGACUUCAAACUGCUUCAUAUCAUAUUUGGCAGGAACGUCACCCUCACCUGCAGGUUUAAGAAUGAGACCAUAACUCGGGGCUAUGUGGAUGAAGACGGUGUGGGUCACUGUAUCUCGCCCCUGCUGUUCGAAUCCGGUUGGAUCCCGUUUAAGGUUUCCACUGAUGGACAAUACUUUAACCGAGACGGUCGAUGGCUCUCAGUGCACCAUAGUAAGCUGAGUCUGGAGAACAAGCUCCUCCUGGUGAACGGGACUCAGUGGCAGUAUUACGGUACACCGGGCGUGGGUGGGGUUCUGCUGAUGGUGUGGAAUUCAUCUCUAAUUAAAGCUGACAGAGUUAACGUUGAGCUGUGGGGCUAUGACGAGUUCGGAGAGCCGUAUUCCGAUCAGUGGGGGGCCGAGUGGAAAUAUCUCUACUCUGUAGGGAGGAACGUGACCAAUAACGGGGCGUUCAGCUUCGUCCCGAAGCGCAGCGAGAUGCCGCUGGCUAAGUGGCACAUGGGCAGCAUGAGGGUCAGUCCAAGCACCAAACCUGAUGGCACGUGGAACGUGAAUGCUCUGUGGAGUGGUGUUCAUGCUCUAGCGUAUCACCUGGAAGAUGCCUUCAAGAAAGAUUCUGCAGCUUGGGCUCUGGAGAAGUGUCUGAAAUGGGAUCUGGAGGAAAAGAUGAUGCCCAGUUUCCUGCCCGAGAUCAUCGAUUGCCCCUGCACGCUGGCACAGGCCCGAGCCGACACCGGAAGAUUCCACACAGAUUACGGCUGUGAUAUUGAGAAAGGCAGUAAGUGCACUUAUCACCCAGGAGCUGUGCACUGCGUUCGGGCUAUUCAGGGCAGCCCGCAGUACGCCGCCGGUCAGCAGUGUUGUUACGACAAAACCGGAGCUCAGGUUCUCACCAGUGACUCAAUCGGAGGAAGUACCCCGGACCGAGGGCACGACUGGGGGUCACCGCCGUACCAAAAGCCCCCCAAAGUUCCAGGAUUCUCUCACUGGAAGUACGACGUGAUCACGUUCUAUUACUGCUGCCUGUGGUCAGAUAACUGCGACUAUUAUUUCACUCAUCGUCCAUCCAGCGACUGCAGGACAUACCAGCCUCCUAAAGCAGCCUCGGUACUUGGUGAUCCUCACUUCAUCACGUUUGACGGUUCCAAGUACACCUUUAACGGUAAAGGAGAAUACGUGCUACUUCACUCGCCAAAGCACCAGCUGGAAGUGCAGGGCAGAACUGAGCCAAUGAAAUCAGAGAUCGGCUCUGUCGUCAUGGCGACGCGUCUCUCCUCGGUGGCCAUGAAGGAGAACGACUCUGAUGUCAUCGAGGUGCGUCUGACGGAUAACCCGGACCGUCUGCAGGUCUUACAGAACCAACAGGUGCUUAGUUUCUCAGAACAGAACUGGCUGGAUCUUGAAGGUGUGUUCGUGUUCUCGGCGGUACCCCAGAACGUCACGGUGAUGUUCCCCUCAGGCGCAGGAGUCGAGGUCAGAGGUCGCGGAGGGGUCAUGACCCUGACUGUUUUACUGCCGCAGGAGUUUAAGGAGCAGACGCUGGGCCUGCUGGGGAAGAUGAACGACGACCCUGAAGACGAUUUGACCUCCAGCAACGGAACGGUUGUAGCAGUAGACAGCGGCCCUCAGGACAUUUUCACUUUCGGAGCAGGAUGGGCUGUUAAGAACGAGUCCUCUCUCUUCACCUACGACUCGGAGCAACUCCUAAACGAGUAUUAUUUCUCCCUGAAGCACGAUCCUUCGUUCAUCCCGCGGUUCACCGUGAGCGAAGACCCGUCCGACCCGCUCCUCAGUCCCACACUGAAGAUGUGUGUAGGAGACGGAGCUCAGUUCUGUAAAUAUGACACGCUAAUCACACGCAGUCUGGAGCUGGGCAACAGCACGCUACACGCCGUCCGCACUCACAUGGCCACGGCGCAGGACCUACAGCCUGUGGUGUCCUGUGGCUGGUUGCAGUCACCCAGUCAUGGGAAGAAAGACGGAACGAUGUAUUUGGAGGGGGCAAGUGUCAGAUUCUCCUGUAACCAUGGUUACCGUCUCUACGGCUCACAGGAGCGCGUGUGUCAGGAGGAUGGACGAUGGUCAGGGGAGGAUACACACUGUGUUUCAGAUGACAUUUUGGGAAUCGUGUUAGGCAGCAUCGGGGCCGUCCUCACGCUGGUCGUCAUGGUGAUCGCGAUCGUCCUCUACACCCGGAAACAGAAGAGGGAAAGAAUGAAGGAGAGAGAAAACACAGCGAUUUGUCAGCAUGACCCUGCUAGCCUGUGACGCUGACCCCUGCUAACCUCAGCUGCUACACGAGCGCUCCGUUCUACUGUGAGAUUUAAUUGAAUCUGCAUUUGAAUGCAAAACACUCUGAACGUGUCCUAAAAACUCCUGAUUUUUAUUGUUAUUUUUUCGUUUUGUCGAUUGUCCUGUCAGUAUUGAGCAGCAGCUGUGAAAUCUUGAAUAGUUUUUCUUUCCCUGGUGCUAAUUUGCUAGCGCUGUCCUCUAGCUCUGGGGUUAAUCUCACUCAGCAUUCAACCUUCCAGAGUCUAGAGGUGUGUCUGAAGGGUGUAAAAUAUUUUAAUUGUAUUAAGGAAUAAUCAGGGAUGGACAGAAUACUUUGAAGGAAGUGAUGAGACUUAUUUAAUAAUGUAUUCUGUCUGUUAAAUAUCAUCUCAGAAGGUAUUGUGUCAGGGAAGUUCCUCAUCUUCAGAAUCAGGUUCUGCACGUGCUGAAAGACGCCGUCAUGCUACACCUUUCCAAACGAACCAGGGAAAGAAUGUUCAUUAUCAAAUGAAAUCAAAUCAGAGUUGAAUGGAAAUGAUGACGUUUUUGUGAGGAUUUUACAAUAAAUGGUGAUG